AUGUCCGCGCUCAACCUCCCGAAGCCCAAGCAGGUGUUUGCCGGGGAAGAUGAGCUAAGAAAGCUCAACGGCGGUGCUCAGGCGAACGGCGGAGGCGCAGCAGCGGACGGGACGAUCGAGGAUGGGGUUCGAGUGAGGGAGGGUGGAAUGCAGGAUGAGGGGGAGUAUCAGCCGCCAAGGGGGAGUGACAAGUACAAGAUUGGGAUGAUCUUUCCUCCCAGGGAGAUUAGAGGUAUCGUCGACAAGACCGCUAUUGCCAUCUCCAAGUCCCCGCAUCCCAAGCUCCUCGAAGACAAGAUUCGGGAACAUCAGAAGACGGAUCCGAAGUUCGCGUUCCUGAACGAUGAGGACCCUUACCACCAGUACUACCGGUACAUGCGGGAGAAGGUGUUGGAGGAUGCGGAGGAUGUGGCGAAGGGGAUCGUACCCUCCAGCGUGGCGGAGAAGGCUGCGGCGGAGAAGGCAGCAGCCGAAGCGAAGGAGGCGGAGGAGCUGGCGGGUGGGAGCACGUAUGAGCCAAAGCAGUGGGAAUUUAGGGUGGAUCUGCCCGGUGUGACUGCUAUGGACCUUGACAUCCUCCGUCUUACCGCCCUUUUCCACGCUCGUCGAGGCCGCGCCUUCCUCUCCUCCCUCUCGGUCCGCGAAGGCCGCAACUACCAAUUCGACUUCCUCCGCCCCACCCACUCCCUAUACGGCUACUACAACCGCAUGGUCGAGUCAUACCAAAAAGUCAUCUCCCCCGUCCCCGGCCAGAUCGAAACACUCAUCAAAGAGUCAUCUGAUCCCCGUCAACGGUGGACGACGCUCGAGGAGGCUCGGAAUCGGUCCGAGUGGGAAAAGAGCCGGCGGAAGCGGGAGGACGCCAAGCAAAAGGAGAAGGAUGAGGAGCUGGACGCGUUUGGUCAGAUUGACUGGCAGGAUUUCGUUCUGGUGGAAACUAUCGAGUUUACCCAGAAUGAUAUGGAGCUCAAUCUGCCCCCGCCGAGCUCGGUCGAGGAGUUGCGGAAUAGGAGUAUGGGGGAGAAGCGGAUGGCGAGUAUGAUUAUGGAGGAGACGGGGGCGGGGGCUACUGGUGCGAACGCUGCUGGGGAAGAAGGGAUGGACAUGGAGGAGGAAGAGGAGGACGAGGAGUUGCGUAUCCAGCGGAUCAAGGCGGAGCAGGAGCAAGCGCGGGCGAGGGACGUGCAGCGCGCGGCGAUGGAGUCGAGAGGGAUGAAGAUCAAGAAGGAUUACGUUCCGAAAGGAAUCACGCGGACCGGCGCCGUCGCCACGUCCAAAUGUCCCAACUGCGGCCAAUCGAUCCCCGAGAACGAACUCACCGAGCAUAUCCGGAUCGAGCUCCUCGAUCCUAAAUGGAAAGAGCAGAAACGCGUCCUCGAUACCCGUCGUGCGCAGCAUCAGCAGCUCAACCAGGGGGCGGAUAUCACGGCCUCCCUCCGGAAUCUCGCGGCGGCGCGGACGGACCUGUUUGGGGAUGAUGAGGACGAGGCGACGCGGCGGGCGCGGGAAGAGGAGGAGAAGAAGAAGCGGAAAGAGAGGGAAAAGAUUAUUUGGGAUGGGCACACCUCGAGCGCGACGACCACGAAGGAUACCUUCCAAUCACAAUUCUCGCUCGAUGAGCAGAUUCGGAAUAUCCAUUCGAGGAAAGGUCUUACGGAUGCGCCGAGCACGGGUCCCGUCAUUGGUCCGAAUGUCGGUUUGCCUCAUCGGCCCACGGAGGCGAAUGUACCGCCAGCGUUCGCGGCGGGGGCGGCUACGCCAGGCGGGGGGACAGCGUACGACGGCGCGACCAUCUCGGCGGCACCGACCGGACCGACACAGAAGGAGUACUAUGAGCCCAUCGGCGGUCCGUCACGCGCCUCGGCGAGCUCCGGGCCGUCCAUACAUCCAAGUCGGAUGGCGGCGGUCAGUGCGGGCGGGGCGAGCCCCGCACCGCCCCAGCAGCAGCAGAUGCAGAUGCCGAUGCAGGCUGCGCCAGGUCGGGCUGCACCUGUUAUAGGGCAGACGAGACCGGCGGAGGAGAUGGAGGAGGCGCCAGUGGUGAAGCGGCAGAGAGUGGAGAAGCUGGCAUUUGGAAUGUACUCGGAAAUCGACUGGCUCUCCCUCCACCCCUACCCCAUCACCCUCCAAAUCUCCCUCCCCGCCUUCCCCUCCAAGCCCGAAUGGGCCCUCAACGGCGGCACUCUGUCGGUUCCCGAUCUCGUCGUCAAUAUCCCCUUUUCUUUGCUUAGAGAACGGAUCAAGAAGGCGCUGGGGCCAGGAGCGGCUGAUCUCCCUAUAUCGAGGAUGCAGCUGAGUUAUGAGGGACGGGUGAUGAGUAAUCAGGCGACGCUGAGUAGUGUGAAUUUGGAUGAGGGGGAUGUGGUGCAUUUGGUUUUGAAGAAGAAGUAG